AUUACGGACUCUUUGAGCUUUUGCUGUAAAUUCUGGAGAGCUGGUAUUGGCCAGUGCUGUGUCAAAAGUUUCAUUGAUGCUAAAGACCAAGUUGAAUGCUGCAGCUGGUACAGAAGUGUUUGUGGAAGAGGGGUCUGUAGGCGUGCUCGAGUUCGAAGUCGUGUUUGUUGAGGUGUUCGUAGGCGUGCUCGAGUUCGAAGUCGUGUUUGUUGAGGUGUCCGUGGGCGUGCUCGAGUUCGAAGUCGUGUUUGUUGAGGUGUUCGUAGGCGUGCUCGAGUUCGAAGUCGUGUUUGUUGAGGUGUCUGUGGGCGUGCUCGAGUUCGAAGUCGUGUUUGUUGAGUUGUCUGUGGGCGUGCUCGAGUUCGAAGUCGUGUUUGUUGAGGUGUCUGUAGGCGUGCUCGAGUUCGAAGUCGUGUUUGUUGAGGUGUCUAUGGGCGUGCUCGAGUUCGAUGUCGUGUUUGUUGAGGUGUCCGUGGGCGUGCUCGAGUUCGAUGUCGUGUUUGUUGAGGUGUCCGUGGGCGUGCUCGAGUUCGAAGUCGUGUUUGUUGAGGGGUCUGUAGGCGUGCUCGAGUUCGAAGUCGUGUUUGUUGAGGUGUCUGUGGGUGUGCUCGAGUUCGAAGUCGUGUUUGUUGAGGGGUCUGUAGGCGUGCUCGAGUUCGAUGUCGUGUUUGUUGAGGUGUUAGUAGGCGUGCUCGAGUUCGAAGUCGUGUUUGUUGAGGUGUCUGUAGGCGUGCUCGAGUUCGAAGUCGUGUUUGUUGAGGGGUCUGUGGGCGUGCUCGAGUUCGAAGUCGUGUUUGUUGAGGUGCCUGUAGGCGUGCUCGAGUUCGAAGUCGUGUUUGUUGAGGGGUCUGUAGGCGUGCUCGAGUUCGAAGUCGUGUUUGUUGAGGUGUCUGUAGGCGUGCUCGAGUUCGAAGUCGUGUUUGUUGAGGGGUCUGUAGGCGUGCUCGAGUUCGAAGUCGUGUUUGUUGAGGUGUUCGUAGGCGUGCUCGAGUUCGAAGUCGUGUUUGUUGAGGUGUUCGUAGGCGUGCUCGAGUUCGAAGUCGUGUUUGUUGAGGUGUCUGUGGGCGUGCUCGAGUUCGAAGUCGUGUUUGUUGAGGUGUCUGUAGGCGUGCUCGAGUUCGAAGUCGUGUUUGUUGAGGUGUCUAUGGGCGUGCUCGAGUUCGAUGUCGUGUUUGUUGAGGUGUCCGUGGGCGUGCUCGAGUUCGAUGUCGUGUUUGUUGAGGUGUCCGUGGGCGUGCUCGAGUUCGAAGUCGUGUUUGUUGAGGGGUCUGUAGGCGUGCUCGAGUUCGAAGUCGUGUUUGUUGAGGUGUCUGUGGGCGUGCUCGAGUUCGAAGUCGUGUUUGUUGAGGGGUCUGUAGGCGUGCUCGAGUUCGAUGUCGUGUUUGUUGAGGUGUUAGUAGGCGUGCUCGAGUUCGAAGUCGUGUUUGUUGAGGUGUCUGUAGGCGUGCUCGAGUUCGAAGUCGUGUUUGUUGAGGGGUCUGUGGGCGUGCUCGAGUUCGAAGUCGUGUUUGUUGAGGGGUCUGUAGGCGUGCUCGAGUUCGAAGUCGUGUUUGUUGAGGGGUCUGUGGGCGUGCUCGAGUUCGAAGUCGUGUUUGUUGAGGUGUCUGUGGGCGUGCUCGAGUUCGAAGUCGUGUUUGUUGAGGUGUCUGUAGGCGUGCUCGAGUUCGAUGUCGUGUUUGUUGAGGGGUCUGUAGGCGUGCUCGAGUUCGAAGUCGUGUUUGUUGAGGGGUCUGUAGGCGUGCUCGAGUUCGAAGUCGUGUUUGUUGAGGUGUCCGUGGGCGUGCUCGAGUUCGAAGUCGUGUUUGUUGAGGUGUCCGUGGGCGUGCUCGAGUUCGAUGUCGUGUUUGUUGAGGGGUCUGUAGGCGUGCUCGAGUUCGAAGUCGUGUUUGUUGAGGGGUCUGUGGGCGUGCUCGAGUUCGAAGUCGUGUUUGUUGAGGUGUCCGUAGGCGUGCUCGAGUUCGAUGUCGUGUUUGUUGAGGUGUCCGUAGGCGUGCUCGAGUUCGAAGUCGUGUUUGUUGAGGGGUCUGUAGGCGUGCUCGAGUUCGAAGUCGUGUUUGUUGAGGGGUCUGUAGGCGUGCUCGAGUUCGAUGUCGUGUUUGUUGAGGUGUCUGUAGGCGUGCUCGAGUUCGAAGUCGUGUUUGUUGAGGGGUCUGUAGGCGUGCUCGAGUUCGAAGUCGUGUUUGUUGAGGGGUCUGUGGGCGUGCUCGAGUUCGAAGUCGUGUUUGUUGAGGUGUCUGUGGGCGUGCUCGAGUUCGAAGUCGUGUUUGUUGAGGUGUCUGUAGGCGUGCUCGAGUUCGAUGUCGUGUUUGUUGAGGGGUCUGUAGGCGUGCUCGAGUUCGAAGUCGUGUUUGUUGAGGGGUCUGUAGGCGUGCUCGAGUUCGAAGUCGUGUUUGUUGAGGUGUCCGUGGGCGUGCUCGAGUUCGAAGUCGUGUUUGUUGAGGUGUCCGUGGGCGUGCUCGAGUUCGAUGUCGUGUUUGUUGAGGGGUCUGUAGGCGUGCUCGAGUUCGAAGUCGUGUUUGUUGAGGGGUCUGUGGGCGUGCUCGAGUUCGAAGUCGUGUUUGUUGAGGUGUCCGUAGGCGUGCUCGAGUUCGAUGUCGUGUUUGUUGAGGUGUCCGUAGGCGUGCUCGAGUUCGAAGUCGUGUUUGUUGAGGGGUCUGUAGGCGUGCUCGAGUUCGAAGUCGUGUUUGUUGAGGGGUCUGUAGGCGUGCUCGAGUUCGAUGUCGUGUUUGUUGAGGUGUCUGUAGGCGUGCUCGAGUUCGAAGUCGUGUUUGUUGAGGGGUCUGUAGGCGUGCUCGAGUUCGAAGUCGUGUUUGUUGAGGGGUCUGUAGGCGUGCUCGAGUUCGAUGUCGUGUUUGUUGAGGUGUCUGUAGGCGUGCUCGAGUUCGAAGUCGUGUUUGUUGAGGGGUCUGUAGGCGUGCUCGAGUUCGAAGUCGUGUUUGUUGAGGGGUCUGUAGGCGUGCUCGAGUUCGAAGUCGUGUUUGUUGAGGGGUCUGUAGGCGUGCUCGAGUUCGAUGUCGUGUUUGUUGAGGAGUCUGUAGGCGUGUUCGAGUUCGAAGUCGUGUUUGUUGAAGUGGUGUUUGUUGAAGAGGUGUUUGUUGAAGUUGUGUUUGUUGAAGUGUUUGUUGAAGAGGUGUUUGUCACUAUUAAUUGA